CCCACCCCCUGCACUCACACUCUCUCUGAUUUCAGCAGGAUGUGUGCAGCUUUUAAGGAAACGCUUACUAACUGUACAGGAGUUAUGUCUGAGACACGAUAUGUGAUAUAUCAGUAGUCAGAUGACAGUGCAGUUUGGAGAUAAGGCUAUUCCUCAUCCACAUGUGGCUAAAGGCAAUCCAAAGACACCUUGUUUUGAAAUAGCAGGUGAGAGCAGGGGUAAAGUCGGGUAUCACACCGAUUAAAAUCAGUGGAGGAUAUCCAGACGGAUGGCCACGCCCUUUGUACCAGUGCCUUUGCCCAUCGAUCGAGCUCUUCCAGGUUCCUCUGCUGCCAGACGACCCAAACGGGCAUCAAGCCUGGGCAGCGCGUCCAGCAGUUCGGAAUCGUCUUCCACCAAAGGUGCAGUGGAAGAAGGUAGAUUUCAGAGAAGUGGAAAUGAUAGCUGCUUCAUUGCUUCAUGUCAGAGUCCGGUAACAAAGGCCAGGAUGAACGGAAUCGAGCCCACUGUGGAGUAUUCCAGCUGCGCAAGACCGGAUACACCACCAGACACGCUCGGAUGGGAGGACAGACCCAUAACUCCAACAGUGCUCGGUUACGAAGUCAUGGAGGAGAGAGCGAAGUUCACGGUGUAUAAGAUUCUGGUGAAGAAAACCCAGGAUGAGAGCUGGGUGGUGUUCCGGCGUUACACUGACUUUUCCAGACUCAAUGACAAGUUAAAGGAGACGUUUCCUGGGUUCCGUCUCUCUCUGCCACCUAAACGCUGGUUUAAAGAUAACUACGAUACUGACUUCCUGGAGGACAGACAGUUAGGUCUGCAGGCCUUUCUACAAAAUCUGGUGGCUCAUAAAGACAUUGCUAACUGCGUCGCAGUGCGAGAGUUUCUCUGCCUGGACGAGCCUCCAGGACCAUUCGACAGUCUCGAGGAGAGUCGCGCGUUCUGUGAGACUCUGGAGGAAGGUAACUACCGGCUGCAGAAGGAGCUGCUGGAGAAGCAGAAAGAAAUCAAUUCCUUAAGGAAGAUGUUGGAGGAGAAGGAGCUGUACAUACACCUGCUCAAGAAGCAGAUCAACGGUGAGUCUCUGACUCCGGAGAGCCUGUACGGUCUGUCUGCUCAGGGCAGUGAGAGCAGCGUGGACGCUGAGAACUCCACGGCCGAGGCAGACCAGGACAUGCCGGAGGAGAGCGGCAGCUGCGAGCAUCAGGCAUCACGGAGCUCUUCAGCAUGUUGGUGUGGUCCGACCAUUAGCAGCUCACCUCCAGUCAUCCAGGUCACUCAGGUGGAGCAGUGAAUCAGAGCCAAGACCUCAAACACCUCUCUCUCUCUCUCUGCCUCUCUGUCUCUCGGUUUCUCUCUCUCUCUCUCUCUCUCUCUCUCUCUCUCUCUCUCUCUCUCUCUCUCUCUCCCCCUCCCUUCUCUUUGCCCCAACUUCUUGCACCGUUUGCUAGUGUUCACAGCCUCUCCAAACUUCAGUCAAUCAUCUCAAAGGCACAAAGAGAUGAGUAUCUUCUGUACCCGCUUUUAUAGAGAGAGAGGAAGGAGACCUGGUGGCUGAAAUCUGGACCACUCCAUGUAGAGACAGCAGAAUGUCCUGAGCAUCAAGUCAGAUCAUCUAAAUCUGCUCAGAGAUGUCCUGUAGGAUGGAGUAAGGCUUUUUUUGGAUUUUAACCACUGACCUCCAGGCAAACUGCUUCUCAAGCAAAAUGUCCAGAAGAUGAUGAACUUUAUUUAACUUCUCAUCAGAGGUGCCAAUAUGUACAGUUUAUCCAUAACGUCCAUGAUGUUUAACCCAUCAUUAAUUAAUCACAGGAGAUUUUUUUUGUCUAAUGACGCAGCAGUCUAAACAUGAGCAGAAAAGCCAAUUCACUCGAGCGGGAAAGACACCGGACGCGAAAGUCUUUCUCUUCAUUCCAUUUUAUUUUGCCUGAACUUUGAGCUGCGAAUUCAUGAGCCUCAGCCUUGUGAGUCAAUAGAAAAGAAGAAGGUGGAACUGGGAUUUGUUUUUUUUUGUUUGUUCGUUUGUUAGAAAAAUAGAGUUGCUUAAUAUUAAAUAACACUGAAUUGCAGACAUUUGCUUUUCUCUUUUCAUCUCGGGGGGAAAACUGACUGCAAAUAAUGGUGUUUUUUUUUUUUGUUUUGUUUGUUUUUGUUUUAUUUCUUUUUUUGUUUGGUGUUUGUUUUUCUCUAGUAGGAUUUUCUCAUUCAUAAUGUUGGCACUUUUGUCUCAUGACAGUUAACUGUGUGACAAUCCAGAAACAGAAACUGCCUUUUCUCCAAAAACACAGUGGAGUGAAGCCCCCUUGUGGAUAAUGCAGCUACUGCAGUCAUUUACUCAGGAAGGACGAUGUUGAAAGACUGAAGUUUCCCCUGUGCUCCUGCUGGCGUCUCAUCAGGGCUAUGAACUGAUGUCUGGCAGGUCAUUCCUAACUGGCAGACACUCCGGAUUUAAGGCUUCCUUGCCUGGGUUUUGCCUUUCGUGUCACGUCACGCCGCACUGCCGUUGCCUCGUUCACAAUAGAAAUGCAAUUAAUCAGCAUAUAGAAGUAAAGAAGUCUGCACCUCGUUAAGCCGUGUAUCUGCAGUGUUAUUAUUUUUAUUUAUUUUUUUUUUUUUUCAUUUUAUUUUUAUGUAAUUUCAGAAAUUCAUUUCAAAUAUGUCGCUUCUUUUGCCUCAGUCCUCGUUCUGAGAUUCUGAUCACUAAGUAGACUUUAGCUGUAAAGAUUCCACAAGUCUUUUUUUCUAGAGACGUGGCAUUCGAGCGCAGGAUCAGAUUCCUCUCAAAGCAGCAAAUCCGUGCACCGACAGCUCCAGAUAAUCAGCUCAAUAACCAGAUUAACCAGAUCAGAUCAGAUGUCGGAAUAGCUCUUAAAGGUAGACUUCCUGUUCUAAACUGUUUCACACUCCACAAGUACUUUGCAUUUUGUUAAGCCGCUCGACCGUUUUUCUUUUGUUUUUUGUUUUUUUAAGCCUGAAGUCGUCUGUCUGUUUAUUUUAACGUGGUUGUCACUCAAAAGUCCUGAAAAAAGAACAUUUAAUAGCCUAAACACUAAACACUACAGCGUCUGGGUCAGCCUUUGUGUUAGAAGUGUGUCCAUGUGUUAAUGUGUGUAGUCACUCUUACAGCUGUUGUUUUGAGCAAGUACCACAUUUGCGUGUAACGCGUUUGCUGCUUGUAAAUGGUCACUUCGGGUCACAUGUUGCACUUUAAUAUCUGCUGGGAUUGUGGGAUACGGUGUGUGUGUGUGUGUGUGUGUGUAGGCUAGCAGGCAAAGCUUCUGUUUGUUUCAGUGCAACGUACAGCUUCAAAUGAAGCCCAGUGCCUUUAUCUGCAUCUUAUAUAUUUAUAUGUGUACACGCUUAUUUUAUGUGUGUGUUUGUGUACAAAAUGUACAUAUGCUUCCGAAAUCAAACUUAGACAUAUGACAUAGUGCCUUGCAUUUCUUCUCGUUAUGUAAGCGUUUGUUGCUGUUUUUCACUCCUUUAGGGUUGAUGCAAAAUGACAAAUGGCUGUUUAGGACUUUUUAGACUUCAUCCAAAAUAACUCCCAUCCGUGGUCAAAGCAUUAACGUGGCUACUGACAAAUAGUCACAUCGUCACCCGUAAAUUGUGAUUCCUAGGAUCAUAUUUAUUAUAUUUCACUAAACUGCACCAUUAAUGUUCUGAAUGAACGUUUGUAUGACGCCUGCGAUCAUCAGAUCCACGUUUAGGUCGAUCGCUUACUCAUUAGACAACCGCUCAUAAAAAACGAAUAACUCGAUCUUAUGCAACCGUUCAGUAGAUGAAAUUAUACAGUUUUGUUGGUUUAUCUCUACGCUUGUCUUGUUAUUCAGCCGCAAUACAAUUUCCUUUUGAUUUCUGAUCUGUUGAAAUGUCACACUUGUAGAAAAAAAAAGCUGUUUUUUUUUUCUUUUUUUCUUUUCUCAAUUAGCAUCUUUUUUGUCAGAUCUUAUAGAAGUAUAUUUGGUUCACAUGUUAACAAAGUCUGUUUUGUGUUGAGGGAUAAUAAAAGUUUUCAGAUGUAUUUUCA